AUGCGGGAUAGGCCGAAUCUUCGAAGUAAGGUGACUCCGGAUCCGAGGUGGGAAGAAGGCAUCAAGCAUACUGUCAAGCUGGUGGACAUCGGCAAAAACAUCAAUGUGGCACUUCUGGAGAAGAAUCUGACGACGGACAACCUGGUACAAGAUCCAGGAAUGUGGUGCUGGCAUGCACACCGAACGGCGAAAAGUGUCAAGAAGUACAUGUUUGAGUUGGAGGAUGAUAAAGUGGUUGAAUUUUGAAGUGCGUAGGACCGCGGAAAAGUGUGCCAAGUGGUGCAGUCGAAUACGGGUCAAAAUUAAUGUGGUUGAGCAAUUGUUGUUUUGGCUAAAGAAUGUACCUUGUGAUGGAAUCGUAUUGCAGUGGUACCACGGUCGUGACGAAAUUGAGGUGUGUGUAUUACAUGAGUUGAUUCUGGUGGUUACUGUUCGGACUUACUUGUUGCAAGAGAAUGAUAUUGGUUGUAGGUCAAGUAUUGCNGGUUG